AUGUUAAUGGAGCUCUUGCCCGUCGACGUCCUCUACAUCGUUCUGGACAACAUGCUACUAGAUACUACCCGGAAUCCGGACCCUCGCCACGAGGACUGCACACGAAGCUGUGCCAUAGCUCUUUCCAGCACAUGUCGUUUGCUGCGCUUCAAAACCAUCCCCUGGUUAUUCUCCGAGCUGUAUAACUGGCCCCAGAGGGCUGAAAGCCUGUGGCCGCAGUCUUUGUGGCCUCAUAUCGCGAAACUGCAUAUCCGGGACGAAACUGUCCGUAACAAGGCUCGGAUCUCUAUAUCAACCUCCUUAGCCGGGGCCACUGAAUCCAUGCCAUCUUUGACCACUGUCACCCUACGAUUGAAAACGACAAUCCCGAACUACUUGCUUAUCUCGUUGUCUAACUGCGCCACACUUUUCACGUUAUCUCUCCACCAAGCAUGCUUGGAUGGAGAUGAGUGGCCACAAAGUCUUCCGUUCGCUGCUCUGGAAACCCUCACUAUUCAAUAUGGCGGAAUUUGGGGUGUGCGUCGGAGAAGAGGCAGCUCUUAUGACCCGGAACGGGAGCAGCGCAAUAUUCACCAGCUCUUAAAAGCCGUCUCCUCGCAUUUAAUGAAUCUCACGCUAUCUGGAGACUUUCUGUCCGACAACUUCCCCGAUAUCAAAUGGGUUGCAUUGACGAGUUUCGUUGUUACCGAGCAUCCUCCUCGACCGCACAUUCCAGCAGAUCAACUUGUUAGCAACAUGCCUCAUUUGCGCAACCUGGAACUACUUUUCACACCAAACCAUGUACUGGCAGACUUCCCCCCAUUCAAUAUAGGAGGGAGAACGCAAGCGCUACCGUCCAAGCUGUCGUCAUUAUCGCUCUCAAAUGUCAAUGAGCACGACCCCAUUUUCUCUGCGAUUCCUGACUGCAUUACCACACUCCGUCUGCUCGCUGUAACAGACUUGUAUCACCCGAAAACCCGUUAUUCAAACGCUUACUCGCACCGAUUACUACUUGAUACGCGCCCAUUGGCAAGUCCCCGCGCGGAAUCUGCCCUCAAUCACAUCCACAAUCUUGCUCUUCUGACCUCUUUCUCGGUCGCAUUGUACGAUGCGCCACCGAUGGGAAGCCUCAUCAGGGAAAUCGCCAACAAAUGCCCUGCUCUGCGUGAACUCGAAGUCCGCUGUUUGCCUCUGAACACGCAUAUGCUUCUAUCUAUGAUUGACUUCAAGACUGACAGCGAGCUCCUUCUCGCGUUGGGCGAGCUGCGGGCGCUUACACAUCUCACAUGGUUCGUCAGCACCCAUUCAUGCGCGCAAAACCCCGGCCCACCUGCCCACGCCGCGUACAAACUCUUCAGCGCCCUUCCCCAGCUUCAGACGGUCGUCUAUAAGUUUGGUAACUGUUACGAUGUCAGCUUGUUCUCUCCCGUUGUUAAUAUAUGGCACCGGGAACUACUCGACGGGCCGGAGCCAGCGCGGGUGGUCGGGGAGCUGGUCAACAUCCCAGUUUCUCAGGGUGAAUAUAUGCAGAGGCUUACCGAACUUUGGCGUCAGAAUCCAAUUAUCGAUACUUGA